GGGCACCACUAAAAUGUCUCAUCUAGCGUCCUCUAUAAACAAGUCAAAAUUUAGAUCACAUUAUUUUAUAAUGUAAUGAUUAAGCAAGUGGUUGAGACGAGAAUAUAUAUCGAAUAAAGGAGGAAAUAUAACGUUAAAAAUCUAGAACAAGUUAUCCGUAAUUAGUUAUCAACAAAGGAAAUAAAACUGCAAAGUACAGCAAUGGCUCUACGAGGUAUCAAAGUCAUCGAAUUAGCAGGAUUAGCACCCGCUCCCUUCUGUGGAAUGAUCCUCAGCGAUUUUGGAGCAUCCGUUAUUAGAGUUGACAAACCAAAUUCUCCAGUUGUUAGUGAUAAAUUGUCUAGAGGAAAACAGUCUAUUGUAUUGGAUCUUCGACAGAAAGAUGGAGUUAAAAUAUUAGAACGGUUAUGCAAAACUGCAGAUGUCUUGUUAGAGCCAUUUCGUAAAGGUGUUAUGGAAAAAUUAGAGUUAGGACCAAGCAGAUUACUCUCUUUGAAUGAAAAAUUGAUUUAUGCAAGAUUAACUGGAUUUGGUCAAAAUGGGCCAUUUUCUAAGAUGGCUGGUCAUGAUAUUAAUUACAUUGCACUUUCAGGUGUUCUUUAUAUGAUUGGCAGAAAAAAUGAAAAACCAUAUCCUCCUAUUAAUUUACUGGCUGAUUUUGCUGGAGGUGGAAUGUUAUGUGCUCUUGGAAUAUGUUUAGCAAUAAUAGAAAGAAAUUCUUCAGGCAAGGGACAAGUGAUUGAUGCAAACAUGGUAGAAGGUUCUUCAUAUCUAAGCAGCUGGAUAUGGAAGACUCAAGAUCCUUCAUCUAAUCUUCCAAUUUGGGGAAAUCCACCAGGGGAAAAUUUGUUGGAUGGAGGUGCUCCUUUUUAUCAAACAUACAGAACAAAAGAUGGAAAAUUUAUGGCUGUUGGAGCAGUGGAAACACAGUUUUAUAAAGAAUUUUUGAAAGGUUUGAAUCUAUUAGAAUGUGAUUAUCCUCAAUUUGGCAGCUGGGAAAAAAGUCAAAAGAAGUUUACAGAAAUAUUUGAAUCAAAAACACAAGAAGAAUGGUGUAAAAUAUUUGAUUAUAAAGAUGCUUGUGUAACUCCAGUUCUUUCAAUGAAAGAAGCCCCUUUUCAUUUUCAUAACGAUGCACGUAAAUCUUUCACAAGUUUAGAUGGGCAGAAUUAUUUUCCUCAGCCUGCUCCCAUUUUGUCCAGGACACCUGGUGUUGUAGCUGAAAAAGAGCCAUUAUAUGGUGAGCACACUAUCGACAUAUUAACCAAAAUCGGAUACAAUGACGAUGACAUAAAACAGUUCCUGAAAAAUGGUGUAGCAAUGUCUAAUAAUAUUACUUCAAAAUAUUAAUUUUAUAUAUGUAAUUGUAAU